AUGUCUUCGGCCUUGGAUACUCUAGUAAACCCUAAGCCUUUUCUCAACGAAUCGAUAGGAAAAUCUGUUGUUGUCAAGCUCAAAUGGGGUAUGGAAUAUAAAGGACUUUUGAAAUCUGUGGAUCACUACAUGAAUUUACAAUUAGCAAACAGUGAGGAAUGGAUUGAUGGUUCAUUCAGAGGAAACCUUGGAGAUUUGUUAAUCCGAUGCAAUAAUGUCCUAUACAUUCGACAAGUUGAUCCAGAAACUGAGGAAAAGGAAUACAAUGAUCCUAAAGCAACAUCUUCACUAUUGAGACAGCAAGGCAAUGGUGGAAACGUAACAGAACAACAAGACAUGAAGGAAUAA